GAUAUGGAUCAGUUAGGUUACAUGUACUCGCUGCGAGUCGCUCUCCUUCAUCAUCAUCUUUCUAGACCUCCCCCACCUCGAACGAACACGAUGUAUAGUAACGGAUCCACAGCCCCAUCACCAUCACCAGGUCUCAACUCCCCAGCAUUUCUCUCUUCCCCACCAAUCUUACGUACUCCAGAUCCACAAAACUCUCCAAAAAGGACAACCACCCCUCCCACCGUACGUCGAAAAUCAUUUGGUAUAAGUCUCAAGAGAUCCGAUCCUGACGCCCUAAAACUCCCAAAGGAGUUUCUCAUCGAUUUCUGGAACACUCUCUCCGAAGAGCAAGGCGAUACAGCUUGGACAAAUGGUGUUCAAACCUUACUUGGCCUCGUUACGAAAGGCAGCAAGACACCAUCAGGUAUGAACCUUCGCGAGAUACCUACUCUUCUCGACGCUUUCACAAAUUCUCUUCCACCUCAGACUUUGGGCACGGCACCAACGCACGCUCAACAGACCCACUUCCUCCAGUUACUCUAUAACUCUCUCCCGCGAUCUUCUCACUUCUCCCCUCUGGCUCGGAACCAAUCUGAAAAAGACAAAGAUCUCCUCUUUCGUCUCCGAGCAGAGGUUCAGUCCUUCAUGCUACCUGCUUCUCCUGAUCCCGAUGCUACCACAACACGUACUCCUAAAUACCUCGGAGACACACAGAAAAGACAGAGCAGUCAGAACGAAAUCAAACGCAAGCCAAGCCCUAUUUGGGUGGAAGACGCUGAUGGUGAAAUGGUCGAGGCGGUAGGCAUGGUCUGGAACGUACCGAAAGAUGUCCUCGAGAGGGAUGCCAUGAACAUACGUCGAUCCGGCUCCCUCGAGUCGCUUUAUCUGACCGAUCUGAAACGUACCAUGUCGGCCUUGACCGGUCAGAGUCAGCAAACACUUCCCCCAUCGCAACGAACCCGUCAGCUCGCCCUCUCUCAGAGCCUUUCUAAUCUACUCAAAGAUUUCCCAGAUCUCGCCACUCCUAGCUCUCCGGUCGACUAUGCCUUUUCUGGCGGUGAACUGUUCUUCACUCCCCCGAGCAAAGGUCAAGUCUUUGUGAAGCUGAUUCAACGGGCUGGCGAGGCAGGACUUGGGGUCAAGACCAGAGAUCUGGUCGAGAAGUGUCGUGAUAUCUGGGGGAUCGAAAGUCGUCGUGAGAAAGAGCGUGAAUUAGAGGCUGUGAUAGCUCGGUGGGGUAAUUCCAUUGACACGAGAGACGAAAUUGAGACUGGUCAUUUGGUGGAAGAAAACCUAAGAGAUCUUUCCGCUCUUCUGAAUCCUAGCGAACCUCUUCCGCCGCCUAUCGUUAAACUGUAUGGUGAUCUGGUUGCUCUACUCUCUUCUGCCAUUUCCAACAUCUUCCCUACGUCCAGCGUGCCACCUCCACCUCCCAACCCUUCUGUCUUGCCCAUCCUGAGAGCGGCUCCGGACCUCUUGCAGCGGUCAUCUGCGUACAAAACACUACAGGACUUGGCAGAUGAGAUCAAGGGUCAAGCCGUUGGUGAAUACGUCGUCAUCAUGAGUCAAUUUGGUCUGGGUGAGACGAACAUUGGUAUCUCUGCCAACGGUAAAGAUCAACAAGUGGAAGCAUUCGAGCAGGUGGCCGACUGGAUGGAGACGGAGAUCAGCGGCGUUCGAAAGACGUGGAGAGACGGUCUGGGCCCUAUGCUCAACCCUGCCGGACUCAUUCUAUCCAAACAACUUCCUCUCUUCCUCGCCGAACUGCAAAUCCUUGAUAAACCGCGAGGGGCAGCCUCGGACGUGUUCACCUUGUACGAAACAACCGGGCGGUUAUUAUCACACUGGGAGGAUCUAUGUCCAGAACAAGAACACGCCUUUGAACUUGAUGCCUUCUUCGAACCACAUGUCGAAGCAUGGUUGAGGGAUACUCAGGAUAAUAAUACACACGAAUGGGUGUCCCGAGCCGUAGGUAUGGACAGUAACAAGCAUAGUCAGAGUGUAAUAGACUUAUUUGAUUUCAUCAGAGAAUCUGCUCAGGUGAUCCUGCAUGACUUGCCUCUGGGGGAGUACAAGCGUGCAGUAUACUUGAUUGAUCUCUCUAGGACGGUUUCAAUAGCUGUCUCACAAUAUGCUUCCACCGUUCUCGCCCUUUUCAACGCGGACAUGAACCCCAAAUUGUCCACUCCUACUGCAGAAUUGCAGAAUAAACUAGAUAAGAUCGGAGGGAAGGCGGGUAACUGGUUGGCAAAGGGUCAACAGGCUGUCAAAUCGCUGGAAAGAAAGAAAGUUGAUGGUUUUAUGGUACCUCCGGUAGCCUGCGUCAAGCUCACCGACAUGGGGGCAGCCCGGAUAUCCCUCGACGACCUCUCCUUCGCCAUGGAAGCUGAGGAAACGGCCCGCAUCAUCAACCUCAAGCCCAAACCUAGCUCGCAAACUGUGCGCCACGUAUUCACUGUCAAUCUCAUGCGCGGUGAGAACUUGAGUGGUAAAGGGAACAAGGCGCCUGACGCGUUUGUGAUCAUAAACGAUAAAGAGUCUGGCGAGCGGUAUUUGAAGAGUCGCACCAUGCUCGGAGCGGAAGAUCCCCGGUGGGAACAAUCGUUCGAAGUGUCUGUCGGGAGCUAUAAAACCCUGGAACUCUUAUGCUAUGAUCGGCAACUCGUCGGCAAACAUGACUUGAUUGGCUCGAGCACGUUCAAACUCGAUUCCAGAGCAUUCGUGGUCCCAACCCGAGAUAUUCUCGUACCCCUAGGCCGAGGAAUGGUACAUCUGCGUGUUUCGAUGGAAGGUGGAGAGAGACAUGACAUCGCGUAUCACCUGGGCGUCGCAAGUCGAGCGUUGGAACGUGCAGCCGAUGACAUGGUUCGCGAACUGGUGGACAAGAUGUCAGAGUUUGUCAAAAGUCAAUUGAGCUUGGUGACGCUACAUGGGUUGACGAAACCGAAGGAUAAGAAAAAGGUCAAGCAGACGUUGACGCAGGAGGAUAUAGAUGGGAGCUUGCUGCCUCUUUUUGACUAUCUCAAUGAUAAUUUCUCCGUCUUCUCCGUCACAUUGACCCCGACUACCCGUAUCCGAGUCAUGCUCGCCCUAUGGCGACGUGUCAUCGAUAUCCUCAUAUCUCUCCUCGUUCCCCCUCUCUCUGAUCGACCCACCAAUCGUGAACCGGUCACGGGUCAGGAGACGGACAUCAUCUUCAAAUGGCUACAGACUCUCAAGGCCUUUUUCAACGCGUCUGAGCACGGGACGGAACACGGUGUUCCCCUCCAACAACUUCAGUCUGGCGUCUACAAAGAUAUCGUCACACUCGGUCAGUAUCUGGACUUGCCGACACCCGCGUUACGGGAGAAAUGUCAGGCGGCGGUCAAAGCGGCUUGUCGACCAAGAGGCACCAUGUCCGCUCUGAGUCUUGAUGCAGGAGGAGACGAUGGGGAUAGAAUGGCAGAGGUCCUCCUCCGGAUUGCCAGGACUAGAGAAGGAACAGGAGAGUUCCUGAGCACUCAGAUACAAACUCUGACCAGGGCAAGGGUGGAGAGGCAGGCGGCUGAGAUAUGAGAGGAUCCGCCGAUGGUACAGGUGUACCGGAUACCCUUUGAAGUCGAACUAGUGGAGAAGGGGAAAUGGAGGAAUUGGUGUUCAUCUGGAAGUGAUAUUAUCGAUCUAAGGGGAAUCAUCUGUAUAACAUUGUAAGACCAUGAUAUCAUUCACGUUCGUCC